ACAGUAUUCAAACGUUAAUGUCUAGUUUUAUUCCGCGGUCAACAGAGAGCGCCAUCGCUUUAAAACAGUUCGCUGUACUUUCAGCCAAUGGCGUCGCUGUAAUGCACCGGUGGGCUGCCCUCUGUUAUGGCCAGCCCAUGCCGCGACGACUCUUUUUAAUUCCGGUGCCACUCAAGGACGGAGGCAAUGGAAAGUUUUUGUUCAUUUGGAAUUACGAGGAGUCGGUAGGGUCCGUGUAGAUGGAGGUUCGUGUGACACACGGCAGCACACGGUCGUCGGACGUCAUAUGUUGUUGAAAUAGAGGGAAGAGCAGGAGGGGAAACAUGAGUCGGCAGCCGCAGCAGCAGUCCCAGGGAGUGGUCUUGACGGGUUACCACAGCAACGCAGAACUCUUGCCCAAACCGGGACUGUGUGUGCCGUGUCCAUCAGCCCAGGAGCAACACCCCCCUGCGGCCAGCAGAAGAACAGGCCACUACAGUGUCCAGCAGAGCCACAGCGGCCUUCCCGGGGACGGACAUGGUGGACCGAUCGAGCCAGCCUUGACUCUGCCCAAUCCAAGUGUGGAGACGCAGCGUCCUCGAUCCUCUGUCUGCUCUAACCCUGGCUCCAGUCCCAGACACAGCCCCAACGGCAAGCUCAGACACCGGCCAGCAUGUCAUCGCUGCAACUCUCAAGACUCGUUGGAUGAGCUGGAGAUGGACGACUACUGGAAGGAAGUGGAGAACAUCACUCGCUCUGCAGGGGGUGCUGCAGAAAAGGAGGAGGGCCAGAGUGUUGGGAGUGAAGGGGAGUCGCUAGAGGAGGAACAACAGAAACCCCCUGAUGAGGGGGAGCAGGAGGAGGCGUGGCUCACGGAGGCGGGACUUGCGCAGCUGUUCGAUGACUCAUUGGGGACUGACCAGGAACAGGAAGAGGACAGCGCCGCAUUCCUGUCCACGCUGACCAGAACUCAGGCGGCGGCUGUGGAGCGGCGCGUGGCCUCGCUACAGCAAACGCUGCGGCGGCGCAACCGGCAGCACCUCCCCGAUGUCAGGGAUAUAUUCAGGCAGCCCGAAAAGUUACAGGAUAAAGAGCCUCGAGAGGUCAAAGAAGGAAGUGAGAGCGCAGCAAACGACGCCAACUCAGCCGAACCAGAGACAGUCAUGAACGUUGACGUGGCAUUUUCAGAGCAAGCACUCAGCUACAGGGACAACCAGCAUCGUCUCACCACCAAAACAAGCCCCAACUCGCCAGAUGACAAGUUACCGAACUUCAGGCUACUCAGAGACAAAACCGGUCAGACCAGAAUUGGACAACUGUCCCCGAUGGAUAUGAAAAAGGUCCGAAGACUCGCUCUGGUGGAGAUGACCGCUCUUUUUGACACAGGCAGUAUCGACCUGAAGGCUCACAAGGCUGUCAAAAUGAAGACCAAAGAAAGUGGCCUCUUUGGGGUUCCCCUCAUUACUUUAUUAGAACAGGACCAGAGGAGAGCCGCUGGGACCAAAGUGCCUUUCAUCCUGCAAAGGUUUAUCAGCCACAUCGAAGAGGCAGGAUUAGACACAGAGGGCCUGCUGAGGAUCCCUGGCGCUGCCACUCGAGUCAAAUUUCUCUGCCAGGAGCUGGAGUCUUGCUUUUACGAAGGGACGUUUUCGUGGCAACAGUUGAAGCAGCAUGACGCAGCGAGCCUAUUAAAGCUGUUCAUCAGGGAGCUGCCUCAUUCGUUGCUGACUGUCGAGUACCUCAACGCCUUCAUCGCAGUCAACAAGCUGCCCACAAAGAAACAGCAGCUGCAGGCUCUUAACCUGCUUCUUCUUUUGUUGCCUGAGGCCAAUCGGGAUAGUUUAAAGGCCCUGAUGGAGUUCUUCCAGUGUGUGAUUGACCACCAGGCCAACAACAAAAUGACCCUCAAUAACGUCUCGGUCGUCAUGGCGCCCAAUAUCUUCAUGUUCAAGGGCUGCCGUUCAAAGGUCACAGAGCAGCAGGAGUUCUCCAUGGCGACAGGCACUGCCAACAUCGUGCGGCUGCUCAUUAGAUACCAGAACCUGCUGUGGACUAUCCCCAAGUUUAUCCUGACACAGGUGCGACGGCAGAACAUGGAGAGCCAGCGCAAGCAGAACAAAGAGCGAGCGAUGAGGAAACUACUGAAGAAGAUCACCCCUGAGAAACCACCUGACAAAUCUAUACCCGAGCAGGAGAGCUCGCAGGGCUUCAUCCGCGUCCAUGCGCCACAGUUCAGCAAAGUGUCCAUGGCUGUUCAGCUCACUGAAGACUUGCAGGCGGCCGACGUCCUUACGCGCUUUCUCAGCCAGGACAGUUCUGUGGCGGUGAAGCAAGAGGAGCUUUGUCUAUACGAGAUUGGCGGAAACAUCAAAGAGCGAUGCCUGGAUGGAGAAACUUACAUGAAAGACCUCUUCCAACUCAACCCUGCAGCGGAGUGGGUUAUUAAAUCAGCACAGUGACGACCCCUCACACCAAAAUAUGCAGAUUCCAGAACAAGACGUCCUCUAAUUGCUCAUUUACUUUUAAUGCCUUUAAACCAUUUGAACCGU